AAACCAAACCAGUUCAAAUGAAAAAAGAAACUAAAAAAUGACUGUUUCUAAUAGCGAUUAUGGUAAUCUAUAAUCACUCGCUUUCCAAACGCACCUCUCUCUAAUAGUCUAAUCCCAUCCCUUAAUUAUCGUUCCCCCUCUCUCUCUUUCUCUGUGUGUAACUCAGCUUUUCGUUCGCCGGAACACUUCUCCGACCGAUCAAAAUUCCGGCAUUCAUUCCGGUGAUUCCACUCCAACAUGAUUCUUCACUCUGAUCCAUAGCUCUCUCAAUCACUCUCUCUCACCAUUCUCCUUCUUCUUCUCUUUUCGCGUUUUCAGAUCCGAAUCCCGAUGCAAAAAUCGGGGGAAGAACAACUACCCGUUCAUGGAUUAGCGACAGCUCGAUGAAAAGUUUUUUCUCAUGCGGCUCACGAAACUGCUCGUUUUCCUCUUCCACUACCUCGCUUCCUCCACCUCAUACAUCUGAAUCCAAUUCUAGGGUUAGGGUUUGCGCCGAGCGAUUCCGUCAAAAUGUUCAAGAAAAUCAUGAAGGGCGGAAAGAAGCCCUCCAAGUCUGACUCUGCCGACCCUCCGCCGGCGGCGUACGCCGGAAACAACCGCAAUUCGUCGGCGGCAGGUUCUGCCAAUGUCGUCGUUAACCACGCCUCACGCGGUGGAGCCGGGGCCUCGGUGGCGAAUUCCGCUGCCGCGAUGCCCCCGCCGGUCGGCGCCAUGGAACCGUUGCCGCUGUUCCGCGACGUGCCGGUUUCCGAGCGGCAGAACAUGUUUCUCCGGAAGUUCCAAAUGUGCUGCUACGCUCUGGAUUUCUCCGACACGCUGAAGAACGUUAGGGAGAAAGAGAUCAAGCGGCAAGCGCUGAUGGACCUCGUGGACUUCAUCCAAUCUGGUUCCGGCAAGAUAUCGGAGAAUUGUCAGGAAGAGAUGAUUCGAAUGAUAUCCGUCAACAUUUUCCGGUGCUUGCCGCCUGCGUCGCACGAGAACACAGGGCAAGAGCCCGCAGAUCCUGAAGAAGAGGAGCCGUGCUUGGAUCCCGCAUGGCCUCAUUUGCAGCUGGUAUAUGAGCUUCUCCUCAGAUACGUUGUGUCGUCUGAUACUGAUACCAAGGUUGCAAAACGGUAUAUUGAUCACUCCUUUGUGCUCAAGUUGCUUGAUUUGUUUGACACUGAGGACCCUCGAGAGCGUGAGUAUUUGAAAACCAUACUGCAUCGUAUAUAUGGCAAGUUCAUGGUUCAUAGGCCCUUCAUUAGAAAGGCUAUUAACAACAUUUUUUACCGGUUUAUAUACGAGACUGAGAGGCACAGUGGUAUUGGGGAGCUUCUAGAGAUUCUUGGGAGUAUCAUUAAUGGGUUUGCUCUACCCAUGAAAGAGGAGCAUAAGUUGUUUCUUGUAAGGGCGUUGCUACCACUGCAUAAACCUAAGUCUGUUGCUGUGUACCACCAGCAAUUGUCUUACUGCAUCACUCAGUUCGUGGAGAAGGAUUUCAAGCUAGCGGAUACGGUUAUCAGGGGGUUGUUGAAGUAUUGGCCUCUCACCAAUUGCCAGAAGGAAGUUCUCUUCCUUGGAGAACUGGAGGAAGUGCUGGAGGCCACGCAGGCUGCGGAAUUUCAACGCUGCAUGGUUCCCCUUUUCCGACAGAUUUCCCGCUGCCUCAAUAGCUCUCACUUUCAGGUUGCAGAGCGAGCCCUCUUUUUGUGGAAUAAUGAGCAUAUUGUGAGUUUAAUUGCCCAAAACAGGACUGUGAUAUUGCCGAUAAUAUUUGAAGCGUUUGAGAAAAAUAUCUCUAGUCAUUGGAACCAGGCAGUUCACGGACUGACUGUGAAUGUUCGCAAAAUGUUCGUGGAAAUGGAUGCAGAAUUGUUUGAAGAGUGUCAGAGGCAGCAUGCUGAGAAAUUGGCUAAAGCCAAAGAAGAGGCAGAGCAGCGAGAACUUAAAUGGAAGAGAUUGGCGGAUGCCGCAGCACAGAAUGGGGUGGAGGAUAUGGUCACAACUUAGCCUAGUAGUUUUCUGCCACAACUGGAAGUGUGAAUUAAAUAGGUGAAGGAUGAUGAAUGUGCUCCUCUUCUCCAUUUUGGUGCCAUUAUUUAUUGGUUUCUUUCCAGCCUAAUUUUUUCUCUCUCUUCUAUCUUCUUAUUAUAUCAGUUGGAUAAUUAGCAAUUUGAAGAAAGCAGUGAUUAAUGUAACUUAUUGGAAAUUGUUAGUUAUAUCUUUCAGAUUAAGAAUGUUUUGUGAAAUACUUUCUUGUAUUUUUCCCCUUUUACAAAGAGAAAUACGGAAGAUUUCUUUUCUUUUUUCCCUUUGGUUCCUUCUUAAGCAAAUUCGCCCCUUUUUUUGUACUGGAUUCGGACAUCAUGAUUGAAGGCAUUGUGCAGUUAAACCUU